AUGGCUGCAGUGCUGCUGUGGCCGCUGCUGUCCUCUGCAGCAUCUGCUCUGGCACCAUCAGAUGCAUGGCAUCAAAUCCUACAGCAUCCUUCUUUGUGGAAUUCCCUUGAUUUACGAGGCUCUCAAAAUCCUGAGCCGGCUCUCCAGCAUAUCAGUGACAGCCAUGUUGCUGCAGAGGCUCUAAGAAAUGUCGUCCUAGAAUUUGCCGUUGGCAUCGAAGAUCGUCACCUGCAGCAGCUGGAGCGGUACAACCUGGAAGAAAUUAAUCUCAAUGGAUGUCAGAAGGUGACAGACAGAGGGGUGGCAGAACUUGUGAGAGCCUGCCCGUCCCUAACAGCCAUCUCGCUGUACUGGAACCUCAAUGUGGGCGUGGAGACUCUCAAGGCCCUUUCAGAGGCCUGCCCGCGGCUGAGCCAGGUGAAUCUGAGCGGCUGCAAGGCCGUCACUGACCUGGGUAUUGUGCAGCUGGCACAGGGCUGUCCCCAGCUAACCCACGUGGACCUCACCCGGUGCACGCGGCUGGGAGACACAGCAUACACAGCGCUGGCGAAACACUGCCCCAACAUCGAGGUGCUGCGGAUGUAUGCAAGCAUGCCGAGCGCGCUGGCCAUCCAGGGCUGCGGCGCGCUUAGUCACCUGCGAGUCAUCGAUCUCUGCGGCGCACACGCCGCUACAGAUGCGGCGGUCGGGGCUUUGGGGGCGUGCCACGAGCUUAGGGAGGUCAAUCUGACCUGGUGCAUACAGCUGACAGACGCCGGCAUCUGCGCGCUGGGACAAGGGUGCCGCAAACUGGAGUCACUCUCUCUGCAUGGCAUCCGAGGAGUCACAGACGCUGCCAUACAGGCCCUGGCAGAAAGCUGCAGUGAGUCGCUGCACACACUGGACACAAGCGGCUGCACCGGCAUUGUGCAGCAUGACAGAGCUAGGCUAAAGCAGCUCUUUCCCAAUCUGCGCUGCUUUGUUGUGCAUAGCUGA